AUGGAUCCGGCGCUGGCUGCUCAGAUCAGCGAGGCGGUGGCCGACAAGGUGCUCCAGUACCGGCGGGACACGUCAUGCUGGAAGAUCUGCCGGGAAGGCAAUGGAGUUUCAGUUUCCUGGAGGCCAUCUGUGGAGUUUCCAGGGAACCUGUACCGAGGAGAAGGCAUUGUCUGUGGCACACCGGAGGAAGUGUGGGACUGUGUAAAGCCAGCUGCUGGGGGCCUGCGAGAGAAGUGGGAUGAGAAUGUGACCAGCUUUGAAAUUAUCCAAAGCAUCACUGAUACACUGUGCGUAAGCAGAACCUCUACCCCCUCAGCUGCCAUGAGGCUCAUUUCUCCCAGAGAUUUUGUGGACUUGGUGCUAGUCAAGAGAUAUGAGGAUGGGACCAUCAGUUCCAAUGCUACCCAUGUGGAACAUCCAUUAUGCCCCCCGAAGCCAGGUUUUGUGAGAGGAUUUAACCAUCCUUGCGGCUGCUUCUGUGAACCUCUGCCAGGGGAGCCCAACAAGACCAACCUGGUCACCUUCUUCCAGACCGACCUCAGUGGUUACCUGCCGCAGAACGUGGUGGACUCCUUCUUCCCCCGCAGCAUGGCCAAGUUUUACACCAACCUUCAGGAGGCAGUGAAGAAAUUCCAUAACUGAUGCUAUCACUUGUUGGCAAAGAACUUCCAGGACUCAUUGAGUUGUUGGGAUGCCAGAGAGCCUGGGAGAACCCAAAGGCCUGUAUUCACUCUUCGGGACAAGCCAGUGUGCAGCCCGUCUCGGAGAGCGCCAGCCAGAGGCAGCAGCCCACCCCUCCUGCCUCCUUUUCCACUCAGGGUCAGCAUGGGAGGAUCCGUUCGUGUGCUCCAAACUCUGUCCGCCUGUCAUCCCAACACACCUCUGCUAGCAGGGAGGACCCAGACCUCCGGCCACCAGGCCAGGACUCAGCCUGGGCACCGUGUGAUGCCUUGAAGUCCAAAGCUGUUGCGUGCCAGUCAUUAUCAGAGACCAUGUCUCCCUGUUUGUCACAGAGAAUCAUCAUUGAGACUGAAAAUCAGGCCCUGCUGCCUUUUUAGCAUCUAGAGCCCUCUCAGACCUGUGCUGCAGACGCCCAAAUGUAUUUUUCUGAUCUAGAACCCCAUGUCUGUUUAACACUGCACAAGAUUUCCUUCCUUAAAAAGAUGGUAUCUUAGAAAAUGAAGGUGUAGAAGAGGGAUGGCAUUAAGGAAAAAUACUUUCAACCCUC